AUGGCAGGUGUCAUGGGCUGCGAGAAAAAUAAAGAUACCUACCAGGAACACCAGGUAGUACCAUGCUAGAUAAACAACUCAAUGCAAGCAUGCACCAUUUUAUGCUUCCAUGAUAAAAAGAAGCAAAAUGAAACUAUUCCACUACAUUAUAACUAUAAAACUAACCCAUUAAUAUUUAUGAAAAAGAAGUAUCACAUAAUUUAUAUAAAAAGCAAAAACCUUUAACAUUAUAAUGCAUUUACAAUAAAAAUGAACUAUAAUUAAAAUGUUUUUUAUAUAGUUUUACACAGUUUUGAGACAAUGAAAAUUUGAUUAAUAUCGGAGGUUGCAAUUUCAACGAAAUAUCACUAAAUAAAAAAAAGAGUAAAAGUAAAUUUUUAAAAAUAAAGUAAACUUUCUACAGCAUUUAAUAAAAGAUAAAAAAAAAUAUCAAGCGGACUUUGACUAACAUUGACUAAAUUGUUAAGCAUAAAUUUUUUGCAACAGUUAACCUCCAUAAUAUUACGAAUUUUAUUACGGACAAUGCUUUACAUUUUUAUUGAAAUUCAGUUGAUCGUUUUCACAAGCAAGGCCUUAACGUGCUUUUUGAAAUUAAAUUUAUAUUUACCAUUUUUUUUUUCUUAGAAAACUAAAUACUCGUUGUACACCGCACUUGAAACACUCACCGUUAAAAGCGACACACUACAAUCGCAGCCUUACAUAUUUGAAUUAGACGCAUAUACGAAAAACUAUCUAUCGAGAUAUUUUUAAAUUAAUAUAUUUACUUUUUUUAAAAAAUUAUUAACAUUAUAUAUCAAGAUAUUUAAUUAUAAAUAUUAAUUAUAAAUUAUAAAUAUUAAUAUAUUUAUCGAAAUAUUUUUAAAUUAAUAUAUUUACUUGGUUUAUAUAUAAAGGUAUUUAAUUAUAAAUAUCGAAAUAAUCUUUUUACAUCAAAUUGAAUAUUUAUCAAGAUGUUAAUUACUUCAUUAAACAUUGUUCUUUACAUCUUUGAUCGAAAAAAUAAAUAAAUAUUUACGCUGUCAUAGUUUUUAUAGAUUUUUAAUUAUAAACGUUACAUUUAAAUUAUUUCACGUAUAAGAUUAUAUCUGACAAUACUAUUCAUCAUAUACAAGAUUAUCCAAGGAAAGCUUAUCCGUGGCAACCUCCUCCUAUCGAGUAAACAAUCUUUUUAAGAAUCAAAACUUUUAAUACGGAUCGAUCGUAAACUGUAAAAUAUCAAUUAACCUUCAACGAUUUCAUAUAAAUAUCCAAUUCAUCCUCGGUCUCAAUUUCAUUCGUAUCUUCGAUAGAACCUACAGUUUCAGGUGAUUCCGAAUCAAAAUAUUCAUCUUCUUCAUCCUGUGUUCUUAUGUCUAUGUUAUCAUAUGCUUCAUUUUCAUCAACAGUCCUGAAAAAAUUGUACGUUAGAACAGUGUAUAUAAAAUGUAUAAUAAACAAACAAUUAUAUUAAAAAUGUAUUUAUAAUACAAACAAUAAAUUAAAACAUUAUUAUGAAAUUAAAUAGUACAAACAAUAAAUUAAAACAUUAUUAUGAAAUUAAAUGUUUUUAAAUACCUGUAAUCAAAAUCUAUAUCUUUUCCAUCCAAAAAAUUUUGGUACAUAUUUGUGACAAAUUCUUGUUUAAGUACUUGCUUUUCGGAUUUUGAAAUACAACAUGGAUUUUUUAUUGCUUCGUUUCUACGUUGAACUUCAUUCUCUACAAUAGGCAUUACAGCCCAAUACGUAGCUUUUUUUUUAUAAUUUUUCAAAGCAUACAUACUUUCUUGCUCUUCAUCCGUAUCAUUUUCCUCCAGUACAUUUUGUUCUUCUUCCUCUUGUAAUUUUUGUUUCAUCUUUAAAUUAUCCCUUUCAAUAUUUUCCAUUAAUAAAUUCACAAAAGUAAUAUUUUUAGUAUCUAUAUUAUCUCUAAGUCUUUUUUGUUUUUCAGUCAUGUAUCGUCCAAUUAAAUGUUCAUACAACAAUGGAUUUCUUUUCAUCAUCUCAGAUUCACUGAAAUACUCUCCUUCUUCUAUUAAAGUCUUUAAAGCUUGGUAUCUUCUAUUUUUCACAUCAAUUUGUCUCGUCGAACUAUCGAAAUAUCUUUGUAAUUUAUUGAAGUAAUAAGCGAUUUCAUAAUCUUCAUUUUUACUUUUUGCAAAAAAUUUUAAAUGUUCUUUCUUCAUAUAGCGACCAAACUUGGAUAAAAAUAAACAAUAACUUUUUCGAAGUAUAUCACGGGCAAUUAUUAGUUUUUCUUCAAAAGUUAAAUCUGGAUCAUCUUUUUGUUGACUCUUAAAAAUUGCCUUACUUUUUGCUACAUGAUGCAGCAGUUCUUCCUCUGAAUUUUUAUCUACUUCGCUUAAAGAAAUUUGUUGCGAAUUAUUAUCAUCAUUUUUGUCAUCUAUAAUAAUUUUUGAUCCAUUAUUUCGUUUAUUUUCUUUCUUAUUCAUGUUUCAUCAAAAUAUUUUAUUUUAUAACCACAAUUUUAACGUAAUUAAAUCAACGCGGUCGAUUGCGUAACAAUUAUAUCUCACAUAUUCUAAUUCCAUACAUAUUAACCAUGAAAGUAUUUUUACAACAAUACUUUUGUUUUUAUUUUUAAUUUAAUAUAUAUAUAUACAUAUAUAUAUUUUUUUUUUCAUACAACCUCUAUGUCAUACAAUAUCUUGACGUCAUCGGAACUAACUGUCAUCGAAAACCUAACCUACAAUUUUGAGAUAAGACCAAUUCGAAAUAUGAUACAUCACGAGAUGUAUAACAAAUAUUAAAAUACGUUUAUACAUGUGUGUGUAUGUGCGUGUCUGUGUGUAUUAUUUUAUAAACUGGAAUAUUAUAUAUAUUUCAUAAGUAAAUACUUUAUAAUAUGGAAAAUCUAUUAUAUUGUUGUAGGUGUAUUUUUAAUUACCAUUUUAAUUUGUUCGCAGACAGUUAUGACAGUUGGAAUAACAGAUAAGAAGUUUCACAAAAUAAAUAUUUAACUAUUAGUCAAGUGUAAUAGAAAUUGUAUACUUUCGCUCUUUACCUACAAAUUAGAUAUUAAUUUCUAUGUAUCUUAAACAAUUGUAUUUAUUAACUUGAAUUUAUUUAUAGAUUUGGCUUACGAAUAUGGAUAAUUGGUUAAUCGAUGAUGGUGGAGAGACAUGGAAAUGGAAUUGGACAGAAUUAUGUGGGUAUCAUGGAGAUAUUAAGCCUUUAAAUCCGGAUACACAUGAUCUUGAUGUAUGCUUCCAACAGCUUUGCCUUCAGAUUCCAGUUUUAACCUGUAUUGCUAUAAUUUCUGCUUAUCACUGUGGAAAAAGAAACAUAUAUUCUGUUCGUCAUUUUGACUCUAAUUACGUUAUAAAAUUGAGAAUUAUAAUUACAAUGUGCCUUAUAAUUCUUCCCAUACUUAAAGCAUAUAUUAUUCUUAGUAAUACUGUUCUUACUCCAUCAAGACAUAUAUUAUCUAGUAAUAAUUCAAUACAAGUAUAUGUAACAUCAACUGAAAGGCCAGAUAUAUCUUCGGAAAGUUCACAUAUAUUACAUCAGAUACAAGAUAAAUGGAAUCAUACUAUUGAUUUUGCAAAAUCAAUUCUUUUUCCGAAGACCAGUAUUCAAAAUGUUACCGACUCUCCUAUGAUUCCUAAUAUACAAAAGUAUAAUCCAAUAUUAAUUACAGUCAAAAACAAAAUCACGUCUGCCAAACCUAUUGAUUAUCUCGUGGCAGGUACCGAAGGAAUAGCAUGGGUUGUUCAUCUUUGUUUUAUAAUGAAUUUAAGAAAAGGAAGGAAUUUUAAUCAACGUGGUCCUGUUUUAAUUCGAGCAUUAAUAUUUCUAUUGAUCGUUAUAUCUAUAUUACUGUUAAGAAGUCAUAUAAAAUACAGUCCAAAAAAUGAUGUUUUACCAGAUUUAUCAUUGGGAUUUAGUAUCAGUGUAGUCACUCUAUUAAUACUCUAUGCUGUAACACUAAUACCAGGUCAUAAUAGUGUACGAGAUACGAGGUCUCAAUUUAACGAAAUAGGAGAACGAACUGCACUAUUGAAUAGUCCUAAUUCUUCUUAUAUAAGAUUUCCUGAAGAACAGGAUCCAACUUAUCUUGGGAUUGCUAUGGAGAAUGCAACUAUAAUUUCCAAACUUACAUUUCAUUGGGUAAAUCCACUAAUGGAAAAAGGUGUUCAUGGUUCAUUAAAUAAUUCUGAUGAUUUAUUUGACUUGCCAGAAUACAUCAGUACUAAUACAAUUAAUCAAAAAAUUGAUAAACAUUUACAAAAUAUGCAAAAUGAUGUAACUAAUAUAGUGGAAAAUUUUGAAUCAAUAUUAGAAAAUAACGAAGAAGAAACAGAAACGCAUUUUGAAACAAUUAAAAAUAAAAUAACUUUAUUUAAAUUAUUACAUAAAUGCUUUGGUUGUGAAUUUUAUUCCGUUGGAAUAUUAAAAUUUAUUACCGAUUCCACUUCGUUUAUGGGACCGUUAUUACUGAAUAAAUUAAUUGGUUUUAUCGAAGAUAAAAGUGAACCUGUCUUAUACGGAUAUUUAUAUGCAUCGUUAAUAUUUACAAGUGCUUUAAUAGGAGCUUUUUGUAAUACUCAUUUCACUUUCUGGAUAUCUGUAAUUGGUUUAAAAAUUCGUUCUACAGUUGUAACUCUAUUAUAUCGAAAGAUUUUGCAUUCCUCAAACGUACAAAUGAGAAAACAAUUUAAUUUCGGUGAAAUUGUUAAUUUUAUGAGUACAGACAGUGACAGACUUGUCAACAGUUGUGCAAGUUUUCAUGCAUUUUGGAGCAUACCAUUGCAGUUAAUCGUAGCAUUGUAUUUUUUGUACAAGCUGAUAGGAGUUUCAUUCCUAGCUGGAAUUAUUUUUGCAGUAGUGCUUAUACCUAUAAAUAAAAUGAUAGCAAAUCAAAUUAGAAAAUAUAGUACGAAAUUGAUGGAGUGGAAAGAUCGAAGAGUUAGACUUAUAGGGGAAAUAUUACGCGGAAUAACUACAAUUAAAUUAAACGUGUGGGAAGAUCAUUUUUUGCGAAACAUAUUAAAAUUACGUGAAAAUGAGAUCAAGUACUUACGCGGCAGAAAAUAUCUAGAUGCUUUGUGCGUUUACUUUUGGGCUACAACACCUGUAUUGAUCUCCAUAUUAACAUUUGCCACAUACGUACUUCUUGGAAAUAAACUCGAUGCAAAGACAGUUUUUACCAGUAUGGCAUUGUUGAACAUGCUAAUUACUCCGUUGAAUGCAUUUCCAUGGAUUUUGAAUGGUCUUACAGAGGCUUGGGUGUCACUUGAAAGGAUUCAAAGGAUGUUAGACUUACCAGAUACAGAUGUGUCGUCGUAUUAUUCAGAAUCACCAUCUGGAAUAGAUUUAAUGCUCCAAGAUAUAAUAUUUAGCGCAAACGAAAAUCAAAGUACAGAGGAAAAUGGUCUCGCUAAAUCCAAAAGUGUAUCCAGCCCAUCUGGUAGUUCAGAAUCUAAAAAGACUGUUACAUUUGAAAGUGAUGGCAUUUUUAAUUUAAAUGACAUUAGCGUUACCGUUCCAAGGGGCCACUUAAUCGGUAUUAUGGGAGAAGUAGGUAGCGGAAAAUCAUUACUUUUCGAUGGUAUUUUAGGUGAAAUUAUCAAGGUUCGUGGGAUAAUAGCAGUAAAUGACAUCAAAAAGGGUUUUGCGUACGUAAAACAAAAUCCAUGGUUACAGCGUGGCACAAUUCGAGAGAACAUUCUUUUUGGCAAACCAUAUGAUUAUAAUAAAUACAAGAAUAUCUUAGCAGCAUGUGCUCUCAAUACCGAUUUAAAUUCUUUGCCUAAGAAAGAUCUAACACUUAUCGGCGAAGCAGGAAACACAUUAAGCGGAGGUCAAAAAACAAGAAUUUCUUUAGCACGUGCUAUAUACGCAGAUAAAGAUAUUUAUUUAUUAGACGAUAUUUUGGCAACUUUAGAUUCUAAAGUCGCUAGUUACGUGUUUAAACAUGUUAUUACGGGUUUAUUAAACAACAAAACAAGAUUAUUAUGUACUCACCAAACUCGAUAUUUAAUGUAUGCAAAUUUAGUAUUAGAAAUGUCGAAAGGUAGAAUCAUUAAUCAGGGCAAACCAAGCGACGUGUUACCUGAUUUAGAGGAUUACUUAUUAUCUUCAGAUUCUACAGAGUCAGAUUUAAAUAUUAUAUCCGCGAAUGAUUUGCCAAGGGAAUUGUAUCAAAUUAACAAAAAUGAAAAAGAUUUAUCACUCGAUGAAGAAUAUAAAGAGAAAGGCAAAAUACGACUUGGAGUAUAUAACUGUUAUAUAAAAGCAAUAGGCCCUUAUUUGGCAAUUUCAAUUAUUCUCUCCAUGUUUUUAAUGCAAAGUUCUAAAAAUGUCACAGAUUUAUGGCUUUCAUACUGGGUUACUCACGUUAAUACAAAUGUAACUAAUAUCACAGAUAGCUCGUCAACUUUACGAUCGCAAUAUUUCUUUGAAAAUUAUAGUACAAGUACAAAUUAUUAUUUAACGAUAUACGCUUUGUUGGCUGUAUUUAAUACAUUAUUCACAUUAACGAGAGCAUUUAUAUUUGCAUAUAGCGGAAUUCAAGCAGCAAUUUGUAUACACAAACAACUUUUAAAAAUUGUAGUACGGGCUAAAGCUGUCUUUUUUGAUAUUCAACCAUUUGGUAGCAUUUUAAAUAGAUUUUCAUCCGAUACAUAUACGGUUGAUGAUAGCCUUCCCUUCGUCGCUAAUAUAUUGUUUGCUCAAUUAUUUAGCUUGAUUGCCACGAUUAUUAUUGUAGCCUAUGGAUUGCCUUGGAUACUUUUAGUAUUGGCGCCAUUAGUACCGGUUUAUCAUUGGAUUCAAAAUCAUUAUAGAUUAACAUCGAGAGAAUUAAAGCGCUUAUCCAGUGCUGCUCUUUCACCGUUGUAUGCACAUUUCAACGAAACUCUACACGGAUUAUCUACCAUUAGAGCUUUCCGCACAGUUUCUCGCUUCGAACAAGAAAACGAACUCUUGUUAGAAAUUAGUCAAAGAACGCAAUUUGCAUCGUUUGCCGUGAGUCAAUGGCUCGCAUUAAGAUUACAACUUAUUGGAGUGGCACUUUUAGCAGGAGUGAGCAAUAUAGCAGUUUUACAACAUCAAUAUAAUAUCGCGGACCCUGGCUUAAUAGGUCUUAUCAUUACUUACACGUUAUCCGUGACUGGGUUACUCUCCGGUGUAGUAAACGCAUUUACCGAAACAGAAAGGGAAAUGAUAGCGGUUGAACGCAUAAAACAAUAUUUAGAAAAUAUUCCGAUAGAAACUGUAAAAGGAGAAAAUCCACCAUAUGCUUGGCCGAGUCAAGGUGUAAUUGAAUUUAGAGAUGUUGUUUUAAAAUAUAGAGAACAUUUAGCACCAUCUUUAAAUGGUAUAUCGUUUAUUACCAGACCAGCAGAAAAAAUUGGAAUCGUUGGUCGUACGGGUGCUGGAAAAAGUUCUCUGUUCGCUUCGUUAUUUAAAUUAACAGAAAUAACUUUUGGAAGCAUAUCGAUCGAUAACGUUAAUGUAGAAACUUUACAAUUAAACGCAAUAAGAUCUCGAUUAGCUAUCAUACCACAAAAUCCAUUUUUAUUUUCGGGUACUAUACGAGAGAAUCUCGAUCCCCUAAAUCAAUAUCCAGAUUUACAAAUAUACAAAGCCAUUGAGAAAUGCAAAAUUCAUUCGUUGGUAUAUCGUUUGGGGGGGCUUGGUGCUACUUUGGACGAACAGGGUAGCAAUCUUAGUGCAGGUCAAAGGCAAUUGUUCUGUUUAGUUAGAGCAAUUUUACACAAUGCCAAGAUCGUCUGUAUCGACGAAGCUACGGCAAAUGUCGAUCAAGAAACAGACAAGUCUAUUCAAGCGACAAUAAAAUCUUCUUUCCAAACUGCUACAGUACUCACUAUAGCACAUAGGAUAAGGACGAUUAUGUACUGCGACAGAGUUCUCGUACUAGGAGACGGAGAAGUUUUAGAAUUUGACGAACCAAAUUUAUUAAUUGAAAAUAUCGAUUCCCAUUUCUAUCAUCUUAUAAACCAAGAAUUUUCCGACAAGGAAUGAACGUAAGACUAAAUAUCUUUUGCCUAAAUAUAUUUAUUUUCUCAACAAACGCGUAAUCUUACAAAAUGAUAUAAUAUUUGUUAUUUCUACUACGUUUAACGCAACAUGUUAGUAAGAAAUCUGUAAAUUAUAAUUAUUUUCAUAUAAAUCUAAUCAAUAAGAAUAUAUAUAAUGUAUUAAUUCAGUAAACGUCAAGAUUAUGAAAUAUCAUUUGAUUUUUUUUGUUAUUAAAAAUAUUUGUAUUAAGUCAAACUACCUCGCUGUAAAUUCUUACAUUGUAAAUAAUAUAAGAAUUCAUCGAAAUCAAUAUACCUUUUUUCGUAACGAUCCAACUCUUUAAAUAUCGUCUGAAAUACCGUUGGUAUUACUUUCAAGUCGACAGACUUUCUUGCAAAAUUGAAAUCAUCCAAUAUUAAAUAUCCUUCAUCUAUAACAACAGCUCUUUGAUCAUUUAAAAAUGUAUCAACUUUGUUAACAAUACCUACAAUCUUUAUCUAAUAAAGUGAAUAAUAUUUGUACAUUAACGCACAAAUCAUCCGCUUUAAUCUUCUUAAAUAUCCACGAUUCAAACUCUUCGUAUAAAAUUUUAUUGGCACAUUGAAAAAUUUGUUUCACUUCCGUCUGUAGAUCGAAACAGAAAUUACGCAUCUUCAAUCAAAAUUCGCCAUCGUUUUAAAAAAGGACUUCACUUUGUUCGGACAACAACCGUCAUUGCUAUUUUGUAUUCACGUUCGUUCAAACAUCCUUUUCCAUUUACAUCAGCAUAACGAAAAGCCCGCGUGAUUUUUGAGAUUCUUCAGUGUCAUCUCGUCCUCCCCAAAUGGAUCCCACUAAAUGGAAAUUUUCUCCAACGAUUUUGAAAAUUAAACGAUUCAAUGAAAACAAGAAAUAUCUCGCAACAUCUGGCAACAACCAGUAAUUACGACACACAAAAGAAAAGAUCGGUUUUUCAUCACGAAGAAGAAUUCGACUGACACGUAUUAUUAUAUCGUAAUUAAAACGGUGUCUCGUCUUUCAACCGGCGGGGGUAUUUUGCAAUGUUCAUAGCACGGCCAAUUAACGUCGCCGCGAAACAUGCACACGCGUUCUCUCGCAGCUGUGCGCGUUCGAUGACACAAUGUGUCCGCUAUAUCCGGCAUUCAACUGCCAUUUUCACGGCCUCUGUCACCGUUCUCCGCCGCUGGAAACUAACGAGCUAACGAGUAACUUUUACCGGCGAAUUUUACUUUUCGUUUUUUAAUUACCCGCCAUUUAAUCCCGUUUUUCCUUGUUUCUCGUGUACGCGUAUAUCACGGCAGAAACGAUAUUUUCACACACCAGCCAAUGAUAAACCAGUCAUAUUUUAUAUAACACUAAUAAUAUACAUUUCUGCCACAAUAUUUACGACAAUUUAACUAAGUAACUUGCAAAUAGUAUGUCCAAUGAUCCUAAUAGUAUGUCCAAAUGAUCUUACAGAAUCGUGUGA